AUGGAAGGCCUAUUUAUUUCGGUAAUUUCCGACCCUCAAAAUUCCACUAUCACACAUUGGCUUCAAUCGAUAAGUGAUUCUUAUAAUCCCAUUGCUUUUGCUCCGCACCCCAAGAGGCUUAACCAGCGGUCAUUUGAUGGAAUUUUUUCUACUGUUCAAACAGUAUUUGUAAUAACUGUAAUCAUCAUUCAAACAUAUAUUAUCAUACAUUUGGUAAAAGAAAGGAACUAUGAAAUUUACGAAUCAGUGAUAGCAUCAAAUAAUAAUUUCACGCAAUAUUUCAAUAAUGAAAAAAGUAGCAAUCGAACGAUAAUUGUAAUCACACCGACAUACUUGCGAUUUGCACGACUGGCUGACAUGACUAGGUUAUCACAAACAUUGAUGCACAUCAACCAAUUGAUUUGGAUUGUUGUAGAAGAUGGCAAACACAUAUCAUUACCUGUAAAACAAUUACUGGAUCGUAGCAGUCUACAAUAUUACUACUUAGCCGUGAAACGUCGACCUGGAGUGCCAGCACGUGGUUGGACCGGACGUGACGCUGGGCUGAAUUUUGUUCGAAGACAAUUUGCAUCAAUGGGUAACAAUGCCGUAGUAUAUUUUGCUGAUGAUGAUAAUACUUAUGAUGUUCGCCUUUUCAAUCGAUACAUUCGAAAUGUUAAAAAAGUUGGUGUAUGGGCUGUUGGUUUAGUAGCAAAUAAUGCAGUCGAAGCACCGAAAGUUUUCAAUAAAAAAGUAGUGGGUUGGCAAACAGUUUAUGCACCAAAACGUAAAUGGGGUUUUGAUAUGGCUGGAUUUGCUGUAAAUCUUGAACUACUCUUGCAACAUCCAAAAGCGGGAUGGAGGAGAAAAUGCCGCGAUCAUUCACCAGAACCAUGCCUAAUGAAUUAUCUGAAUAUAAGCUGGGACGACUUGACACCCUUUGGCGUGGAAUCAUGGCCACGUGAUAUUCUCGUCUGGCAUACCAAAACCAUUGUUAAUAUUAGAAGCACAAAUACUUAUGGUUAUAAUACUGAGAUUUCGUUAAAUGAAUUUGUGAUUAGAAGCGCAUUGAAAAAAGUGCAAAGAGUAUUUCCAUCCGGACAAAGUAGUUGUAAAUGA